AUGCAUCGUCAUUGUUGUCGUCGAGGAUUUGGCAAUAUGUCUACACAACGAAGUGAUCAGCUGAAAGUGUCAAUUGGGAAUAUGAGCGGCAGCAGCAGUGAGAAAUUCACGAAAGUAUUGGUGAGUGGGGAUGUUAACGGGCGUUUUGAACAGCUUAUUAAGCGAGUGACAAAUGUGAAUAGAAAGAAUGGUCCAUUUGAUGUGCUCAUCUGUGUGGGAGAGUUUUUUGGUGCAAACGAGGAAAGAAAUGAAGAUGUGGUCAGUGGAAAGGUGGAAUUUCCGAUCAAUACUUACAUUCUGGGUCCGUGCUGCCCGUCGACAUCGGCUUAUUACCCAGAAGAAAGUGUGGAAUUUUCGUCGAAUCUGACGUAUUUGGGCAAGAAAGGUGUGCUGAAUACAACUACCGGCUUGAGAAUAGCUUACCUGAGUGGUAUCGAGGCAGCGCAGUCGAACGCGUUUCAAUUCACAGCAGAUACGGUCAACGAGUUGUUGUUACCGAUCAAAGUGGAAUCGGGAUUCUUGGGAGUGGACAUUUUACUGACGUCGAUGUGGCCAGCACAGGUAUGGAAGCAUUCCUCGAAUCAUCCAUCACAAGAGGUGAACGGAAGCCGUCUGAUAUCGAAAUUAGCGACUGCGUUGAAACCGCGUUAUCAUUUCGCUGGAAUGGGAAUUCAUUAUGAACGAGCUCCGUACAGGAACCAUCGAGUGUUAUUGGAAGCAGCACAACACGUGACACGUUUCAUCGGUCUGGCUGCCGUGGAUAACGCCGAGAAAGAGAAGUGGUUAUAUGCGUUCUCGAUCAAGUCAAUGCGACAAAUCAGCAAUCGAAGCGAACUAACCCAACAACCACCGAACACAUCCGAAUUUCCGUAUAUGGAAAUCAUUGCGGACUUCAUUCUUGAAGAAAGGGCGGAAACUCAGAAGCGAGAGAAUGAAGCACGACAAGGGCAGUUUUUCUUCGAUAUGUCUUCGGAAGGGAUGGAGGAAGACACGGUCGAUCGUGGUGGAAGGAAGCGUCGCCAUCCGAGGGAAGAGAUGCCUCGAGAGGCUCGUGUCCAGCAACCGUGCUGGUUCUGUUUAUCGAAUGUCGAUGUGGAAAAGUAUUUAAUUGUUGCGGUGGCUAACCACUGUUACGCAGCAAUGCCAAAAGGACCAUUGAACAAUGAUCAUAUAAUGAUUUUAUCAAUUGGUCAUAUACAAUCGCUAGUGGCAGCACCGCAAGAGGUGCGUGAUGAAAUUGAGCAAUUCAAGAAAGCGUUCACGUUGAUGUUCAAUAAGCAAAAUAAGGUCAUAGUGGCAUUCGAGCGAAAUUAUAAAACGCAACAUUUACAGUUACAAAUCGUCGCUAUACCAAAGUUGUGCUCAAAGGCGUUGAAGAGUUCAUUCUUGAAUGCGGCACAAUUGAAAAAUAUCGAAUUGACGUUUAUGGAGCCCGAACAGCAGAUUUGGGACAUGGUCAACGAAGGAUGUCCGUAUUUCUACGUGGAAUUACCGGAUGGAUCGCGUUUAUUUUCGUUAUCGAUGCGCAAUUUCCCGUUGCAGUUUGGACGAGAGGUGCUGUGUGGAAGUGCACUGUUGAAUUGCGAAGAAAAAGUGGAUUGGCGCGGUUGCGAGAUGAAACGAGACGAGCAAGCGGAAUUGGUUAAACGACUGCAGAAUUCAUUCAAGGAGUUCGAUUUCACGGAUGAAGGUGAUAGCGAUGGUGAUGGCGAUAGUGGCGGUGAGGAGAAAUGA